GACCAACAUAGUUUACCCAGAAAUAAAAGUCUAUUAGUUUGUAAAGUGCCACGAAACUACAACACUCACACACAACCCUUAAUUUCCUUCAUUAGAGCGUUUCUCUUGGGCGUAACUUAAAUAAAUCCUGUAUUAUGUGGAUGCAAUUAGGCUGUCGUGCUUUUGUAAAAGUGGCCAAAAACAGAUUAUUAAGGCGAGAGGAUAAUGUGGGAGAGCCAACACUUCGUAUCGCCGAUGAUGAAACCGACGAAAGUGGCAACAGAUAUGUAGCUUGUGAUAAAGUUCUAUUACCGUCGGGUGAGGAUGGAAGCGCUAAUAAAUCCGAUGGCGUUUAUUUAACGAACCCUUCAAUGAACGAGCUAAUCCGCACUAUUCAGACUUUGUCAAUGGAUCAAUUCAGAGGCAUACUAGUAGCAGGGCGAAAUACCCAGGAGAGCUGCGAGAUUUUCCACGCACAUGCACCUUCGAAUGCCACGUUGCAAAAUGGGCAAAAUCCAGUUUCAAACCGCCGAACCCGCUCCCUCGAUGACCUGCGCCACUCAAGGCAGUUGGACAGUUCGGAACCACAGCUGUGGAGAGUACGUUCGGAGGGUAACUUGCCGGAGCCACGAAGUCGGGUCCUCGAACCGAAUUCUAAUCAAUCUAAAUACGUUGUUUUCCGCGAUGAUACAUCAGUUUCUAACUCGGAGUCGAUCAGUCUCGUGGCUUCCAUUAGCCGGAACUGUUCAAGUGUAUCUAUAGCCGCAAUGGAUCAUCUAGAUGAUCUUUCGACUGAGAUCUCUAAACCGCAACUACCUCAAAAUGCCAAUAUAUGUUAUUGGAUUAAUUUGGCUCACUUGCUAUUAGUAAUCGCAAUCCUCCGCGGACUCUUGUGAAAAAUAAAGUAAAGAAGCAAAAUCAAAAUCA